UUCAGUGACAUCACUUCCGCUUCCGGCCGCACGCGCGGCCAUUUCCACUACUUCCGUGAGACUUUGCGGUGGAUUGAGCGCUCCUUCUCUGACGUCGGUCGGCGGCGCGUCCUGAGGGGAGGCGAGCCCGCGGCACCGCAGCGAUGACUGAGGCUGAUGUAAAUCCGAAGGCCUACCCUCUCGCAGAUGCCCACCUCACCAAAAAACUACUGGACCUCGUUCAGCAGUCGUGUAACUACAAGCAGCUUCGAAAAGGAGCCAAUGAGGCCACCAAAACCCUUAACAGAGGCAUCUCUGAGUUCAUUGUGAUGGCGGCAGACGCAGAGCCCCUGGAGAUCAUCCUGCACCUCCCGCUGCUGUGUGAGGACAAGAACGUGCCCUACGUGUUUGUGCGCUCCAAGCAGGCGCUGGGGCGGGCCUGCGGGGUCUCCAGGCCCGUCAUCGCCUGUUCUGUCACCAUCAAAGAAGGCUCCCAGCUGAAGCAGCAGAUCCAGUCCAUUCAGCAGUCCAUUGAAAGGCUCUUAGUCUAAACCGUGGCCUCUGCCACGCUCUCUUGCCUCCUCCCCCUCGGUUGUGUAUCAUAUUGUCUGUGUUACCAUGUAGGAUUUCCAGCUACCUUCUAUUGUUAUAAAAUAUUGUAGUAGUAAAUCUUUUUAUAUUUUUGAAUUGUUUUUGUUUUGUCGUAUAGAUUAUCAUCCCCACACCCACCCCACCCCUAACCCUCCUCUUCCACUUUUCCUCUGCUAUCUUUCCUCACUUUGAAAAAUGAACUAAGCCCAGAACAGGUAGAAGCAGAGUGGUGACACCAUUCAAAAGCAGGAAAGAGCCAGGGUAGAGAGAUCCGGUUCCAGCUUUGAGGCACUAACUCCCUUUUGUGUACAGGGCAUGGUGAAGUAGACACCACCCACUUGAUCUCCCUGUGCCUGGCAUACAGAAUCAUUCCAUACAUGAUCCCGGGGUUCCUUUGCUCUCUAGGGUACUAUGCAUCAUUUGAGGAAGAAACAUGUAUCCUGUGAGGUAGGUAGUUGUAUGCCCAAGUGUCAUUUAUUAAUGUACCCCUACCGUUUGCUUUUGAAAAUAUAUUUCCUUCCCCCCUCACCCUCCAGUCCCCCCC